AGGAACUGCAUUAUAGAAUCUUUUGGGAACUCCUUCGGAAAUUCGGAUAUGGUUUUCUACAGAGUCCUAUAGUAUACCACUACCGAAGUAAUUUUGACAACUAACACGUAAUAAAAAAAAGUAGGCGAUCUGUACUGUUCAUUCACUUCUUCACGGCAAUUUUUCAACAUGUCAUCCAGAAGUUUCAUGAUGAACGUGACAAUUGCUGCCUCAACAAUUGUACUUCUAAAAAAGCUGCAGCAAGUGAAGCGGCGAAGGCGGGAUGCGAAAUUCCGGGUACAUCCGUUUUUCAUUGAAAGGAACAUGAAAGGUAGAUUUGCGACAGACUUUGAAGACAUGGCCAGAGGAGAGAAAUUUUUCGUAGAAAAUUUCCACAUGUCAAAAAAAUUUUGAACAUCUUUUAGUUUAAGAAAAGAUCUUGUUCCGAAGCGCAACACACGUCCCAAGGAUGCAAUAACUGCAAAGUUGAAGUUAGCCUUAGUAAUAGAAUAUUUGGCUUCAGGUGAUUUGCAGAGGCAUCUUGCAUCAUGUUACAGAGUAAGCAAACAACACAUGGGAGCUAUAGUAGAUAGUGUAUGUAACGCUAUUUGUCAUGCCCUAUGCCCAACAAUGAAAGAACUAAAUGCGGAAAAUUUUCUUAACGUGGCGAAUGGCUUCAACAAACGAUGGAAUUUUCCAAAUUGCAUUGGAGCCAUCGAUGGUAAACACGUAGCGAUAAAAGCUCCAGCCAACGCUGGCAGUGGUUUCUAUAACUAUAAGGGGUUUCAUUCGUUGGUUUUGUUGGCUGUAUGCGAUGCAACAUAUAGGUUUACCUACGUCGAUGUUGGAGCAUACGGAAGUGAAGGAGACUGUAAUAUAUUCAGGAAUUCGCAAUUUGGGAGAAAUGUCCUAAAUGAUCGAUUCCCCUUCCCGGCCAAUGCAAUGUUAAAUGGAGUAUCAUUGCCGUUCUUUUUUGUAGCGGAUGAUGCAUUUCCGCUUUGCAAAAGAAUUAUGAAACCUUUCAACAAUAAGAACAUGCCUACCGAGGAGGUGAUUUACAAUUAUCGUCUUAGUCGAGCAAGGCGGUGCAUAGAAAACGCGUUCGGACUGCUUUGCACGAAAUGGGCAUGCCUGAAGAAGACUUUAUAUUGUGGCCCCGAUAGAGCUCAGAAGAUUAUGGCAGCAUGUUGCAUGCUGCAUAACUUUUUGAGGAAAAUCGGUUGUGUACUGCCCACCUGGUUAUAUGGACAAGCUCGAUGA